CGCUUCUGGACGGCCGGGCGGGGGCUGCCCCCCUGGCGGCGCACAGCUCGCGCAGCAGGUGGCCGCCCCUCCCAGGCAGAAGGCCGCUCGGGCUCGGCUGCCGCGCUCCGGCAGGUGGCCGCGCCUGCCACCCCCGAGCCCUUGGUUCGGGCACGCCCCCCUAUAUGUUUGAGCAUUGUUUGACUCGGUUUUACUCAUCGCCCCAGAUCCGCCUGUAGGAGGACAUGCCCGACCUGACCUGAGCCAUGGUCGCCGCGGGAGGCCUGCACACAGUCCUGAUCAGGAGCGACGGUUCUGCUGUGGCCUGCGGCGCCAACGUUCGCGGCCAGUGUAUCCUGAAAGUUCGAAUCGACGUUCCCAUAGGUUUUUUCUGCCUCCGGGUCGACUGGAGAUGCUUCGAGGGUGGGGCUUUGAAUGCCGACGACGUCGACGGCAGAUGACGAGGGCAGAGCGUGAUUUUAUUGUCGGAGGAACGUCCAAUCCAUCUUUCAGAUUAGCCUUCCGGCUCUGGAUGGAAAUGUGAUGUACACACAGGUUGCUGCAGGGGGGAAGCACACGGUUCUGCUCAGGAGCGACGGCAUUGCUGUCGCGUGCGGCGCCAACUCCCAUGGACAGUGCAACCUCCCUGCUCUGGAUAAAGCUUUUGUUUACACUCAAGUCGCUGCAGGUCGCAAUCAUACAGUCUUGCUCAGGAGUGAUGGUACGGUAGUGGCCUGUGGCGACAAUUCUGAUGGGCAGUGUAAUUUGCCAGCCUCAGAUGAAGGUCUGUCCUAUACACAAAUUGCGGCAGGUUUCGAGCACACUGUUCUGCUCCGGAGUAACGGCACGGUUGCAGGUUGCGGCGACAAUGGUCAUGGACAGUGCAGCCCUCCGAUUCUUGACGGAGGUCUGACAUACACGCAGGUUGCUGCAGGUGGUUUCCAUUCUGUUUUAUUGAGGAGUGACGGUGCUGCUGUAGCCUGUGGCGAGCACGUCUACCAGCAGUGUGAUCUCCCCCCCGUGGGCGCCAGCCUUGCUUACACACAGAUUGCCACGGGAGGUUGGCAUACAGUUCUCCUUAGGAGUAAUGGCACGGCAGUGGCGUGCGGCUUUGACUUUUCAAUCUGUGCGCUGCCAGCUCUGCACGGAGGUCAGACCUACACAAGAGUUGCUGCAGGACGCAGCCACACAAUUCUUCUUAGGAGCGACGGUACAGCUGUGGCCUGUGGCGACAAUUCCGAUGGGCAGUGCGGCCUUCCGUGUCUGAAUGGGAAUUUGCGCUACGCCAUUGUGCCUUCGUGCUUGCUGCCGAAGUUGGUCUUGCAGGCAUCGUAUGAAGGCGAUACGUUACGAUUUGUGAGUUUGGUUGGGGAUGAGCUUUUCCGGAUCAGGGCAGCACCCACAGACAGAUUGAUGCCAAUUGUCCAUCACAUAACGGAUAGUGUUGCAGGCAGGGCCCGCUCGACGUUCUCAAACAUCGACGUCGUUUUGCCGCACGGCGGGCUGCUCAGCGGGGAGUGCGCAGAGGCGACCACUGCGAGCGUCUUCUCGGAACAGGAGUGGCAUGACUGACUGCGCGAAAGGCAAGGCGAGGCAGUCGAUGCAGCUCUCCUCUCUGCAGGCCGUGCAGCUUCGUUCAGCGCUCGUCGAAGGCACUGCUCGUCGCCGGGAUCUGCCAGACAGCUGCUUGCCCAUCGCCGUGCGCUGGCGGGCGCGAGCGUUGCAGGCGCCUUCUUCUAGCGGCAGCCGGCCGGCGGAUCGCCGCAGACGGCAGGUCGGCGCAGUGUUCUUCUCUCUAUCGCUGUCUCUUUCGCCUGUCUGAGGUGAUCAAGCCGUGGCGAAGCGUCCUGGCUUGCAUAUAGGCUCACCUAGGAAAAUUCUGAGAACUUCCUGUGGCUUGCACGGGAUGUUCUCAGAACAGUUCUGGCCGAGAGUGUAUUGUUCUAACGUGUCGCGUUGCCCUUAGACCAUUGCUUCUGUUCUUAGAACACUUCUGGGUUCGAAGAACAUGUCGUGGUAGGCCUAUAGGAAUGCUGGAACGGUCGCUUUCUCUCGCCUGUCUGAGGUGAGGUGGACAGGCGUGCAGGCAUGCGAACGAAAGGCCU